CCGGGUGCUGAGAUUUUACUUUUUUUUUAAGCAAGAAUGGGUUUAACGAGGAACAGAAGAAAAAAAGAGCCAGAAAUCAUCAUUGCUAGAGAUACAGAUUCCGAGUCAAGUGCGUCUGAAGAAGAAGAAGAAGAUUACCCUUUGUCGGAGUCUGAGAAAGAAGAUGAACCGGUCAAAAUUGAAUUGGAGAAGAGUAAAGCAAAAGGGAAAGCACCCAUUACCGUUAAGCUCAAGAAAGUUUGCAAAGUUUGUAAACAGCCAGGUCAUGAAGCUGGAUUUAAAGGAGCAACUUAUAUAGAUUGUCCUAUGAAACCUUGCUUCUUAUGCAAAAUGCCUGGCCACACCACAAUGUCAUGUCCCCAUAGAGUUGUUACUGACCAUGGGAUACUCCCAACUUCUCACAGGAAUACAAAGAACCCUAUAGACUUUGUGUUCAUGCGUCAACUCCAAUCCAGAAUUCCACCGAUUAAACCACCGUAUGUGAUCCCGGAUCAAGUGCACUGUGCAGUUAUUCGAUACCACAGUAGACGUGUUACAUGUUUGGAGUUCCAUCCAACAAGGAACAACAUUCUUCUCUCUGGAGAUAAGGUUUUAAAACUUGAACAAAAAGUUCAUAUGUUACGAGUUUUCUGCUUCUGUUUUCUCAUUGUUUUUUUUAUUUUAAAGAAAGGGCAAAUUGGAGUCUGGGAUUUUGCUAAAGUGUAUGAGAAGAGUGUGUACGGAAACAUACACUCUGUACAAGUUAAUAAUAUGCGGCAAGUCCCUUACUCAUUGACAUCUCUUAUGAUAUUACUUCUGUGUAUUCAAGGUGUCUAUGUUUCCAGGUUUAGUCCCACAAAUGAUGACAUGGUUUAUUCUGCAUCCUCUGAUGGAAAACUUGGUUAUACUGAUCUGGAAACUGGAACUUCAUCAACUUUGCUGAAUCUCAACCCCAAUGGAUGGCAGGGCCCAACUACUUGGAAUAUGUUGUACGGUUUGGAUAUAAACUCGGAGAAAGGUUUGGUUCUUGCUGCUGAUAAUUUCGGGUUGCUUCACAUGAUUGACCAUCGGUCUAAUAACGUAACUGGUGAGCCGAUUUUGAUACACAAGAAAGGUAGCAAAGUUGUUGGACUUGACUGUAACCCGGUUCACCCUGAGCUUCUUCUUAGCUGUGGAAACGAUCAUUUUGCAAGAAUCUGGGACAUGCGUAAACUACAACCUGGAGAGUCCCUUAAUGAUCUUGCGCACAAACGAGUAGUCAACUCUGCUUAUUUCUCUCCAUCAUCAGGCACAAAGAUUCUCACAACCUCUCAGGACAACCGCGUUCGAGUAUGGGACUCUAUCUUUGGGGACUUGGAUUUGCCAAGCCGAGAGAUUGUUCAUAGCCAUGAUUUCAAUAGGCAUUUGACACCAUUCAAAGCUGAAUGGGAUCCUAAGGAUGCCUCGGAGUCACUCAUUGUGGUUGGUCGUUACAUCAGUGAAAACUACAACGGAGCUGCUCUUCACCCAAUAGAUUUCAUUGAUUCAAGCAAUGGACAGUUGGUUGCAGAGGUCAUGGAUCCAAACAUAACGACUAUUACUCCAGUAAACAAAUUGCAUCCGCGGGACGAUGUUUUAGCGUCUGGAAGUUCAAGGUCGCUGUUUAUAUGGCGACCACAGGAGAAAACAGAGGUUGUUGAGGAGAAGAAGGAGAAGAAGAUUGUUAUCUGUUAUGGUGACAGCAAUAAGAAAGGAAAAAAACAAAAGCGUGGUAGUGAUGAUGAAGACGAUGACGAUGAUAUGUUUAGCUCAAAAGGGAAAAACAUCAAGUCUCAAGCCAAAACAACCAAAUCUACUCGCAAGAAAAAGGCUUAAGGUGAAGAACAGGACAAGGUGUUCUAUAUGUAUUAACUCACUUUUACUCUUUAACUUUUUUUUGGUAGGUUUCUUGGUACUUAACUAUGUUUUAGUAGUAUGCCCUGUUUUUGCCUUUGGCCGGGCGAUUUUGCUUUGCUUUUUUUUUAAGGGCAUUAUCGGCUUUGGUGUGGUCUUCUCUUGAACUUCUAUUUGGUGUAUUUUUUCUCUGCCAUGCUUUGUAUUUUUUCUUGUUGUGAGUGAAGUGAAAACAAGGAUGAAAAGUCUCACUCUUAUGUCAUCUUGACAGCUAAAACUGAUAUGUAUUGUUUAUGUAGCAAACUAAAAG